AUGGCCAGCCCCGAAGCCCACCACCUCUUCCACCACCCCAUCGCUGACCACUCCUUCUCCGCCGACCGCCAGACACUCGCCGUAGCCCGCGAGAACAACGUCGACUUGUUCCAGAAGAGCGGCAGUGGCUAUAAGCUGCAGGAUGAGCUGACAGGGCAUGAUAAGACGGUCACGGGCGUGGACAUCGCGCCCAUUUCGGGCAAGAUUGUAACAUGCUCGCAAGAUCGAAAUGCUUAUGUCUGGGAACCUUCACCCCAGGGAUGGAAACCUACGCUGGUGCUUCUCCGUAUUAAUCGCGCUGCCACCUGUGUCCGCUGGGCACCUUCAGAGACCAAGUUCGCCGUGGGAUCGGGUGCCCGCCUGAUCCCCGUCUGCUACUUCGAAGAGGAAGACAACUGGUGGGUCUCAAAACAUAUCAAGAAGCCCAUCCGCUCCACGGUCACCUGUGUAGCCUGGCACCCAAACUCGGUCCUGCUGGCAGCCGGCUCCACCGACGGCCACGCUCGCGUCCUAUCCUCCUUCGUCAAGGGUGUUGACGAGCGACCGGAAGCAUCAGCUUGGGGAGAGCGACUCCCCUUCAACACUGUAUGCGGCGAGUUUUUGAACAACACCGCAGGAUGGGUACACAGCGUUGCCUUCUCGCCGUCCGGUAACGCCCUCGCUUUUGCAUCCCACGACAGCACGCUCACCGUCGUCUACCCUGACGGCCCCGAACAAGCCCCCCGUGCUAUCCUCAGCGUCAGCACCCAGGUGCUACCCUUCAUGUCGCUGGUCUGGAGUUCUGAGGACGAGAUCAUCGCUGCGGGGUACAACUGCGAGGCAUACCGCCUGCAGGGCUCUGAGUCCGGAUGGCAGCUUGCUGGAUCGCUCGAGCACAAGGGUCGACCUGGUUUGACUGAGCAUCGUGAGGAGAGUGCGUUGAACAUGUUUAGGCAGAUGGAUCUAAAGGGCAAGGGCGGCUCGGAUGACACCAAGUUGAAGACUGUGCAUCAGAAUACUAUCAACACGAUUCGCAGAUUUGAGGAGAGCGGUGGGAAUGUGACUAAGAUCAGCUCGACAGGUGUGGACGGAAGGGUUGUUAUCUGGACAUUGUAA